GUCGUUAGACAAUUUUUGAAAAGUCUUUAUACAGAGAUUCACGAUCAUAUAACUGUUGAUAUGGUACGAUGACGAUGGGUUCACGUGAUUUUGUCGGGUGUGUGAAUAGGGCAUAUAAGGGACUUGAUUUCCAGGGACUACACCACUUGUGUACUGUAUACAAUAAGCAUGAAGACUGUCGCUAUCGCUCUCGGCCUACUGGCCCUCCUCAUGGUCGCAGAAGGUUCCAAAAUUGGUGAUCUGGUGAGAAAACAAGUAUCAGAGGAGGAAUCUUCCAGUGAAGAAUUUGAUGAAGGCCCUUUUCCUGUACUCAACUUCAUCGUCAAGUUAUCCGCUUUGAUCAAAGAAUUUACGAAGAAUAUGGCUGCAAUCAAAUCCGAUAUGGAGGUCUUUGGUGGACUGCAAGGCUUCGAAGAUUACGUCUUGGGUGAUGAGUCUGCACUGAUGUAUUUUUUGAUGGUUGAAGGUGAAUCCGAGGCAAGUGCUCCCCCUCCCACCAGCGAUCCGUACGCUAGAUCUGGCAACGCGAAACGCUCAAUGAAAGAGCUAUUGGCACAAUUGGAGAAGUUAACCAACAAGAAGUAAACAGGCUACAAAGUUCCUCGACCUCGGAUGACCCCUGACCCUACGCAUGCCCACCAAUCAAAGGAUUCGAUUCGUGUAUAAUGUUUAUUCUUAAAUGUUGAUAAAAGCAGUCAGAACAUACUGAACAUUAAAAAAAUAACAACAACAACAAAAUGAGUAACUAUCUGAGCCCUCUUUUGUAAUAUGUAUACCAUUCUUACUUGUCAAUUUGCUCUCAUGUUGAAAUAAACUUUCUUGAAUUUCUUAAAA